GACACCGACAAGACCACUGCUAUCUUCAUCGGCAAGGUCAGGGGCCUCGCCUUCCAGAUUGAAGACGUCGUCGACGAGUUCACCUGCAAGCUGGAGGAGACCAAGCAUGGAGGGUUCGCUGGCAAGAUGAAGAAGCGGCUCAAGCAUAUCAAGACCUGGCGGCGCCUGGCAACCAAGCUCCAAGAAAUUGAAACCCAGCUGCAGGAUGCCAACCGGAGGAAGAGAGAUUAUGCUGUCACCGGCAGAUCUGCUUCCGCUGCCAGAUCGACGAAUCAAGGUCAAGCUUUGCACUUCACCAGGGAUGAGGACCUUGUGGGGAUUGAAGAGAACAAGGAGAGAUUGAUACGGUGGCUGACCGACGGUGGUGAUGGUCUGGAGCAGAGUAGCAGCAAAGUCACCCUGGUGUGGGGGAUGCCUGGUGUUGGUAAAACCACUCUUGUUGAUCAUGUGUACAACACCGUGAAAGGGGAUUUCGACGCCGCAGCAUGGGUAACUGUUUCGGAAAGUUACCGUAUUGAGGAUCUGCUGAGGAAGAUCGCCGCCCAGUUCAGCAUCGCAGUCGACGUCGCCAACAUUGAGAUGAGAGGCCUAGCAAAGUCCAUCCACAACUACCUUCAAGGUAAAAGGUACAUCUUAGUCUUGGAUGAUGUUUGGGCUGAAGGCUUGUGGUCGGAGAUAAGGGAUGUCUUCCCAACAUCUAACUGUACCGGCCGAGUUGUUAUGACAUCAAGAAAGCAGACAGUGUUGGCAACUAGGGAGUCUGCACCUGCAAUUCAUUUGGAACCACUACAAGCACAUCACUCCUGGGUGUUGUUCUGCAAAGCAGCAUUUUGGAAUGCUGAUGACAAAAAGUGCCCGUUGGAGCUGCAGGAAUUGGCUCGGAAGUUCAUAACAAAGUGUGAAGGCUUGCCUAUUGCUAUUGCGUGCAUUGGCCGCCUACUCUCCUGCAAACCCCAAAUUUCCGAUGAAUGGGAGGAUGUGUACAAGUGUUUGGAUUCGCAGUUGGCGAAAGAUGUGAUACGUGAUGGUCAUUUGAUCCUAAAGGUCAGCUUGGAGGACCUUCAGUAUGAUUUGAGGAAUUGUUUCCUACACUGUGCAUUGUCCCCAGAAGAUUAUGUAUUAAAGAGGAGAAGAACAGUGAGGAAAUGGAUUGCAGCAGGGUUUAUCAGGAUUAAGGAAGAGAACAGACCAUUGGAGGAAGUGGCAGAAGGAUACUUGGCCGAGCUUGUGAACCGAAGCCUACUGCAGGUAGUGAAGAGGAAUCAUUUCGGGCGACUGAAACACUGUCGGAUGCAUGAUGUCAUACGCCUUCUUGCCCUCAACAAAGCCAAGGACGAAUGCUUUGGUAAAGUUUAUGAUAGCUCUGCUGCUACUGGAGCAUUCUCUGUUGAGGGCGCACGCCGCAUAUCUGUUCAGGGUGAAAACCUUGAACACCUGAGCCGAUCUGGUGCCACACAGCUCCGUGAGCUCCAAGUAUUUGAGAGGUCUAUCAACAUUGAUCAGCUGAAGCCUAUCCUAACAUCUUCAAAUUUGCUGUCGACAUUGGAUCUACAAGGUACUUGUAUCAAAAUUCUGCCCAAUGAGGUAUUUGACUUGUUUAAUCUGCGUUAUUUGGGUCUUCGAGAUACCGAUAUCGAUGGCCUGCCUGAAGCAGUGGGGAGGUUACAAAAUUUGGAAGUCUUGGAUGCUUCUGGAUCUAAGUUGACAUAUUUACCAAACAGUGUUGUCAAACUUCAGAAGUUGAGAUACCUGUAUGCAUAUUCUGCUGGUGAUGCAGAUGAGCGAUUAGAAAGUAUAAUUAAUGACGCAGUCAAGGUGCCUAAUGGCAUGCAUCACUUGACAGGACUGCGGGCCCUUGAUUGUGUCAAAGCCACUCCAGAGUUUCUGUGUGAAGUUGGAGCUCUGAUAGAGUUAAGAACAUUCGGUGUCUACAAUGUGAGAAGUGAAAACUCUGCUGACUUGAGCAAUGCUAUCACCAAAAUGAACCAUCUUGCUCGUCUCGAAAUUUGCGCUGAAGCUGAGGAUGAGGUGCUGCAGCUGGAAGGGCUAUAUUUACCUCCAACCCUUUCUGUGCUUUGUUUAGGAGGGCAGCUAGAAAAAAUAUCGAUGCCUCAGCUUUUCUCUUCCUGGUCACACCUUGAUAGACUCACUCGGCUGACCCUGGCAUUCUCCAAUAUUGAUGAGGAAACCUUUUCCUGUCUGUGCUUGUUACGUUGUCUGUGCUUUCUUGUGCUAAUGAAUGCUUUUGAAGGGAAGAGGUUGGAUUUUUACGCAGGGUCAUUUCCAAAACUUAAGCAUCUAUGGAUACAUGGAGCAUCACAGCUCAACCAAGUUGGAAUAAAGGAGGGCGCGAUGCAAAACCUCGUCGAGCUAGAGUUCACAGACUGUCCUGAGCUAAAGUUUCUUCCUGAUGGUAUCGAACACCUUGCAGCCCUUGAGAAAUUAGGUCUGAAAGAUACGUCAGAAGAGCUGAUAGAGAAACUACGGCAGAACAGAGAUUCAGAUGAAUGCAGCUACGAUGUAAUGAAGAUUAGCCACAUAAGGAAUGUUACAGUUGUACUGAAAGGAGUCCGGGAAAGGAUUAGGUGACUGUCGCUGUUCGCAGAUUGUGUGCUGCGAUGUUGAGCACAUUUUGCUCGGGAGGGGGACGAGGAUGCUGGUGUGACUGGCUGUCCUCCCAUAUUUAAGCUCUGAUGGGGUGAGAAGAAUUUAAAAGCUGGGCAGCUCGUGAGGUGUUGCACUUGUUAGUUGUUACAUCUGUUGGUCAAUGAAAUUCUAGCCCAUUCCUGUUACUACUCUAUAUCGAAGACUGACACGGAAGACAGGUGGCAGCAGAUAUUUCUUAGCUGCAAAGAAAAAGAAUUACGCAUUUGGGGUCUGCACAUUACUGUAGCUAGCUAUGUUGAAAUGAGCAUUCUGCUCAUCCAGCAUUCUGCUCAUCAGCUAUUGAUAUUUUCUGUUGCCUGUCUACUUUCUUAGGCAUUGUUAGACAAGCUUCAGCAUGUCUGCAUGUUUGUGUACUGGCGUUUGAACUUGGAAUCUAUGUAAGCUGUAAUCAUUGCUGAGAAGUACAAGUAUAUAUUUCAGUACAACUUUGUUCA